AUGUUGCGAGAGCGAGCUAAGCGGACGACACUCCCUCCAGCUCAGCAGAAUAUUGAUAAGUUAGAGAAAGUUGUGAAGGAAGGCAAUUACUAUGGAGCUCAACAGAUGUACAAGUCUACUAGCGCAAGAUAUAUAGCCGCCGAAAGAUAUUCGGAGGCCUUGGAUGUUCUUCAGGCGGGUGCUUGCAUCCAGUUGGCAAAUGCGCAGGUGACUUGUGGGGCUGAGCUAGCUGUGUUGUUCGUGGAGACACUUGUAAAGGGAAAAUAUCCUUAUGAUGAUGAUACUCUUGACUGUGUCAGGAGAAUUUACAAGAAGUUCCCUCGAAUUUCUGUGCCACAACACUUGGACUUAACAGAUGAUGAUGAUGUACAACAACUUUCUGAAUUCCUUGGGGCAGCAAAAACGCGUGUGGAGUGGUCUGUGGAAUUUGGAGCUCAUAGGAAUGGAUCUCUGGAACUACAUGAUAUGCUAGCUGAGUAUAUAUAUUCUGAAUCUCCUGAGGUGGAUAUGGCUAGAGUAUCGUUUCAUUUUGUUCGAGGGAAAAAUCCGAAGAAGUUUGCCUCAACUCUUGUAAAUUUUAUGGGCAAGUGUUAUCCAGGUGAAGAUGAUGUAGCCAUUGCGCGAGCAAUCUUGAUGUAUUUAUCUCUAGGUAACCUGAGAGAUGCUAAUAAUCUUAUGGAUGAGUUAAGGAAGCAAGUUCAAUCAAAGGAGCUUGACUUUCCACAAUCAGAUCUGAUCCAGUUCAUCAAUUAUCUUUUGCCAACGUUGCAGAGAGAUGCUUUACCUUUAUUUAAUAUGUUGAGACAAAGUUACAGGUCAAGCAUAGAUAAAGAUCCUACAUUUGGCGAGUUGCUAGAUGUAAUCGCAGAGAAGUUCUAUGGGGUACGGCGUAGAAGCUCUCUGCAGGGGAUGUUUGGAGAUAUUUUUAAGAUGAUGGGAGGUGAAUAG